AUGCCAGAUUUUGGAAGGUCUCGUCUCGCUAAACAUGAUCCAGAGUUUGCUAAUCGUCGUGCAGUUCCUUUGCCUUCAGGGCGUCCGAUUCGUGCGGCCACUCGCCGUUCCAGAGAACAGUUACUUACUGAAUUCGACCAUUGGUUAGUGGAGAUUGCUGGGUAUCCUUGUCUUGGGAGCUUGCUGGAGCAGACAAUGGGGGACCCUCGCAUCAUCAACGGAGUUCUGGUUGAGUUUGGCCAGUGUCUGUGGCGCGAGGGAGCCCCCUACAGCAGGUUCGCCGACACCGUGAACGCCGUGGCCUCUCGGGCGCCGGAGCUCAAGAAGCUCCUCGGAGCUGCGUGGGACCUGGGUUACCAGUGGAUUGCCCUCGAACCAGGGAACCACCACAUUGCUAUGCCGCUGGUGGUCCUCAAGGCCUUGACAGGCCUCUGCCUCCUGCGGGAGUGGCCUCGGAUCGCGGUGCUGCUCGCUGCGGGGUUUGCUGGCAUCAUGCGCCCGAGCGAGUUUCUGCUUGCGAAGCGUGCCCAGCUCGUACUGCCACGUGACAUCCUUUUCGAGAGGCCGUACGCACUCUUCACCAUCCAACUCCCGAAGACGGCCACACUUGGGGCCAAGGUCCAGAGCGCCCGAGUCGAGCCGCCCGACAUCGUCGAGAUGCUGGACUGCAUCUUCGGCGCCGAACCUCCUGAUGCGAUGCUCUGGCCGAUGAGCGGCCAGACCUUCAGGAAGCGGUUCAACAGCCUGUGUCGGGAGUUGCGGCCCCCUCUCAACCUAGGGGAGAAAUGCCGAGGAGCUCUCGAUCUUGCUUCUCUCCGUGCGGGUGGCGCCACCCAGCUCUUCUUGGAGACGGAUGAUCCGCAUCUCGUCCAACAUAGGGGUCGUUGGAUGUCUCAGAAAGUCAUGCUCAUCUACCUCCAGGAACUGGUCUCUACUACAUAUAUGUCCGAACUUCCAGAGGCGACCAGAACGGGGAUCUUCCUGAUGGGCUCUCAGGUAUCUUGGAUGUGGCCACAGGCUGUUACGUGGGUUCGCGACGGGAUCCCUGCUUCGUCUUGGCCUUCCAUAUGGUGCUCCAUGAGGCCCCCAUCGUGA